CUCAAGGGCUAUGUAUCUCUGAACAGCCAUGAAAAGGCUUCCUGGAAAACAAAAAACAAACAGAAAGAAUAUGUGUCCUGGCUCACAUGGUUCUAGUCUACCAGGGAGAGGAGGAUCAGACACUGGCAGACACUGAAAUUAUACGAGUAGACAGACACUGCAUUUCACAGAAUCAUUGAACCCUGAGCUCACUCGCCAUCUGAGGGAAGACAUGCAGGAUGAGGAUGGAUACAUCACCCUGAAUAUCAAACAUAAAAGCCCAGCUCCUUCCUCAGUUGACCCUGCCUCUUCUUCUUGGUGGCGUGUGAUGGCUUUAAUUCUGCUCAUCUUGUCCACGGGGAUGGUUGUUGCACUGGUGGCCCUGGGGAUUAUGUCUGUCACACAGCAAAACAACUUUCAAGCUGAGAAGGAAAAUCUCUCAGGAACUGUGCAAAACUUAGCGAAGAAUUUCUGCCAACAUAUAAUACAACAACUAGAAGAAAACCAAAAGCGCAGUGCAGAUCACAAAUGCAGCCCCUGUGAGACAAACUGGAGAUACCACGGAGAUAGUUGCUAUGGAUUCUUCAGGCACAAUUUGACCUGGGAAGAGAGUAAGAGCUAUUGCUCCAACCGGAAUGCGACUCUGGUGAAGACUGCCAGCAAGGGCACUCUGGAUUAUAUUAAAGACAGGACUGUUCUCAUUCGCUGGGUUGGAUUAUCCCGCCAGAAUGCUGAGAAGGUCUGGAUGUGGGACGAUGGUUCAGUUCUCUCCAAAAACAUGCUUGAGGUUUUAGAAGAUGGAGGAGAAAAUAUGGAUUGUGCUUACUUUCAUAAAGGGGAAAUCCACCCUACCUUCUGUAAGAACAGACAUUAUCUAAUGUGUGAGAGGAAAGCUGGCAUGACGAAAGUGGACCAACUACUUUAAUGAGGAAAAGAUGGACAUACGACAAGUGUUUGUUUAAUAAAACCUGGAUGAAGGAAUCCUAAGCCACAUAAUUCCCUUGGAGUCAUUUUUUAUGUUGUCUUUGCUUCCAUUACCACUUACUUGGCCCCUUCUUUGCACACUUAGAAGGCAAUGUAUGAGUUGUUUGCUUUUCAAUUGUUCUAUUUUCCAUUUUCUUCCUUCUUGCCUUUCAUUCCUAAUUACCAUAUUUGAACAUAUUAUAAUUUCUUGUAUCUCCAGAUAUAUGCAUAUAAAAUUAAACUUAGCACAACAAAAGAUCAGGCUGAAGUGAUUUAAGCUGUACAGAAUAUCCAAGUUAGAAAGAGAUCAUAAAGUAGAAAUGAUACUAAAUUUGGAAUAU